AUGCUGCGAGAAUUUCAUGAAGCUUUCAAAGAAGCCACCCCUCCGAUCAUCCACCGCCACAUCGACGUCACUCUCCCUAUUGAGGUAUAUACUGACGCCGGUGCUUACUGCGGGUGUUACCGCUUCUACCAAAACGGUGAAGAAAUUCUCCGAGGCCAACACACUUUCACGUCGACAGAGGUCGCCCUCCAUAUAAACUGCAAAGAAUUAAUGAUGGUCCUACUAGCGAUGCAGAGAUUGGCCUUACUCGAGAUGCGUAUGGAUUCUCUAUUUAAGGAUAUCAACGUUCUCGUAGACAGCAAGACUGUUCUUUCAGUUCUACAACACGGUCGUACCAAUGCUGGUCCAAUGCAAGUGUACAUGGAGAAGAAGCUCCGCUUGCUCCGAGAACUUAUGAGAGAACGGCUCAAUACUAUAUGCUUCACCUAUGUCGAGACUAACAGCAACUUGGCUGAUAUUGGUACCCGUAAUGAUCUCCACAAACGUCUCAUCCAACUGAGAGACUCCGAAGCUCUUGAGCAUGACGGCGUGCAACCUCUACAAGCUGCUGUCAUCCCUUCUACGGUAUCACCUUCCGCUGGCAAGCGUCAACGUCAAAUCUCCCCUACCGACGCCGACCCUGUGGUCAAGAAGAUCU